AUGAGGAGAUUUUCAUCUCUAACUGUUGUGGAUGUGUUUCUGGUACUUGCAUUGUUGUGUUGUAGCUCAUGGAAAGUGUGGAGCAUCACACUUUGCAAAGAGACAAAUUUGGAGAAAGUUAGGCCUCAUAGUGUCAGUAUUACUGAAUUCGGUGCUGUUGGAGACGGGAUCACUCUCAAUACGAAAGCGUUUCAGAAUGCGAUUUUCUACCUAAAUUCUUUCUCAGAUAAAGGAGGAGCUAAGCUUUUUGUUCCUGCUGGUCGGUGGUUAACCGGUAGUUUUGAUCUCAUUAGCCACCUAACUCUGUGGUUGGAUAAGGAUGCUGUAAUUCUUGGAUCAACGAACUCUGAGGAUUGGCCGGUUGUUGAUCCUCUACCGUCUUAUGGACGAGGAAGGGAGUUGCCGGGUGCAAGGCAUAGGAGCCUCAUCUAUGGAAGCGAUUUGACUGAUGUUAUCAUAACAGGUAACGAGGGGAUUAUUGAUGGUCAAGGGAGUAUCUGGUGGAGCAAGUUUAGGAACAAAACUUUGGAUUAUACGCGUCCUCAUUUGGUAGAAUUGAUGAAUUCGACCGGGAUUCUCAUUUCGAACUUAACCUUCUUGAAUUCUCCGUUUUGGACUAUUCAUCCUGUAUAUUGCAGCCAAGUUACAGUGCAGAACGUGACGAUUCUUGCUCCUCUUGAUUCUCCAAACACCGACGGGAUUGAUCCAGAUUCUUCCGAUGAUGUAUGCAUAGAAGACUGUUACAUAAGUACUGGCGAUGAUCUGAUCGCCAUCAAAAGUGGGUGGGAUGAGUAUGGAAUUGCAUUUGGUCGUCCCAGCACAAACAUUAUCAUCCACAGACUUGUCGGGAAAACUCAAGUUAGUGCAGGAAUCGCUAUUGGAAGUGAGAUGUCGGGCGGUGUAUCAAACGUUCAUGCUCAAGACAUUCGCUUUUACGAUUCAUAUACAGCAAUCAGAAUAAAGACUUCACCUGGCAGAGGGGGUUAUGUUAGAAACAUCUAUGUCUCUAACAUUACAUUGACUAAUGUCGAUAUCGCAAUCAGGUUCACCGGUUUAUAUGGCGACCAUCCAGACGAUGGUUAUGACCCAAACGCUCUACCAGUAAUCGAAAAGAUUACAAUCGAGGACGUGAAAGGAGAAAAUGUUAAAAAAGCGGGUCUUAUAGAAGGUAUAGAAGGCGACAGUUUCAUCGAUAUCUGCUUCUCAAACAUCAUCCUUAACGUAAGCUCAAACUAUCCAUGGAACUGCUCUAAUGUUAGAGGCUACUCUGACACGGUUUCGCCGGAACCUUGUGAGCCGCUCACGGAAAGAAUAUUCCCCGACCAUUGUUCAGACUGUUACUAUUUGUCAAAUCAUCAAGAAAGUUCAAAUGAUAAAAAAAGAGAUGGUUGGUUUACGUCUUGGUGA